CUCCAGUUCCCCGACUGUGAGAGGCGUCUCUCCCCCGCCCGACCGCCCAGAUGCAGUUUCGCCUCUUCUCCUUUGCCCUCAUCAUCCUGAACUGUAUGGAUUACAGCCACUGCCAAGGCAAUCGAUGGAGACGCAGUAAGCGAGCUAGUUAUGUAUCAAAUCCCAUUUGCAAGGGUUGCUUGUCUUGUUCAAAGGACAAUGGGUGCAGCCGAUGUCAACAGAAGUUAUUCUUCUUUCUUCGAAGAGAAGGCAUGCGCCAGUAUGGAGAAUGUCUGCAUUCCUGCCCAUCCGGAUACUAUGGACACCGAGCCCCAGAUAUGAACAGAUGUGCAAGAUGCAGAAUAGAAAACUGUGAUUCUUGCUUUAGCAAAGACUUUUGUACCAAGUGCAAAGUAGGCUUUUAUUUGCAUAGAGGCCGUUGCUUUGAGGAAUGUCCAGAUGGUUUUGCACCAUUAGAUGAAACCAUGGAAUGUGUGGAAGGAUGUGAGGUUGGCCACUGGAGUGAAUGGGGAAUUUGUAGCAGAAAUAAUCGCACAUGUGGAUUUAAGUGGGGUCUGGAAACCAGAACACGGCAAAUUGUUAAAAAGCCAGCAAAAGACACGAUACCAUGUCCAACCAUUGCUGAAUCCAGGAGAUGUAAGAUGGCCAUGAGGCAUUGUCCAGGAGGGAAGAGAACUCCAAAAGCAAAGGAGAAAAAGAACAAGAAAAAGAAGAGGAAGCUGAUAGAAAGAGUCCAGGAGCAACACAGCGUCUUCCUAGCUACAGACAGAGCUAACCAGUAAAAUAAAAGACACGGAGGGUGGAGGUUUUGUUUUGUUUUGGGUGGAGGGCAGGGGGUGGUGUUUUCUGCAAAAGUGCACACAGCUACUGUCCACUCCUGGACAUGGUGGGGGCAUUUGCGUGGCUCUGACCAGAACCUGUUCCCAGGAACCUUGUGAAAGGAGGAGCCGCAGGCGUGGGCUCUGUUUUAUUCAUGGUUUGAUUUGCAUCGGGAGACUGUGAAGGUGGGCGAUUGCGGCCUGCAGCCAAGGCAGCAGGAGUAAGUGUAGAGCAUGUGACUGGGUUCCCUGUGUGCCCCGAGGCGGAGGGGCUGCCCACCGGAGGCGCAAGGCUGCAGACCCCUACCCCCCACCCGACUGGAGAACUGACUUGUGCAUAUUUAUGGAAGGACGACCCUUGGCAGGCAAAGUGCUGUUUUACUUGUGACCUGUGUUUCCCCCACUGUGCAUUUUCAAGGAUCAGUGUAUGUGGAUAUCUGCCUAGUCUUACCACACGUUGUUCUCAGCAUCUGUUACCUUCCAACUGUUGUGUCCAGAGACUGCUCUUAGCGGCAGGAAUUCCUGCUCAGUGUCACAGCAGCUCGGAUGUGUACAUACCCUGCUGGGGCUGCAUAUAAACCUCUUAUUUACUGUAUAUUUAUGCUCUCUUCUGUGUAACAAGUCAUACCCAAUUAAUGUUAUGUCUCCCGUUUCUAGUGGUUCCUAACCAUUGUCCCGUAAAUGACUGUUCUAGUUUUGCGAAUUGACGAAUGUUUUGCUGCCCCUUGAAACUUCUCUUUGUGGGCUUAUUUCUCAUUGUAAAGAUAGGAUAAGCUAGUUUGUACAUAGGAUCAAAUGACCCCUGUCAGAGAAUUUGAAUAUCAAUAGACCUUCCCCACUCCUCACCAUAGCUAAAGCAUGAGGCAUCUGGAGGUCAGAAACCAAAAACUGCCUUUGAGUCUAAGAUGUGAUGACGUUAUGAAACACAACUGCAUGAGCAAUUACAUGCAGUUACUUAUACUACUCAUCAUGCAGUUUCACAGGCCAGCUAGAGAAUUUUUCAAAUUUUUACUUUCAAACUUCAAUAUGUAUAGGUUUUAUUUAAAGCAGUUCCUGACUUGCAAUGACAGAGCACCUACCAAUAUUCUUGGGUCAGUGUAGAAAUGACCACCUCAUGAGACCAUGCAUAGAAUUGGAGGAGAAAACAUGAUGAAUUCCUAAACUUACUGGUCAGAUCUUAACAGGGCCCCUUUAAGCCAGAAUUUGUGUUUCAAGACUGAGAGAGGAACCCUGUGGAGACUUCCCAGGUGAUUUUCAGGGUAGUUGUUUUCAAAAACGUCAUUGUCCACUAGGGGGUAUUAGUUCUUAGAGGGUUUUUGAUAAUAAUGCUUCUUCCAGAAGCAUUAUCAUCUUCCUGGAUGAUCCAGAAGAAAAUUAGAACCAAAAGGAAUGAUGGAAGAUUUUUUUGAGGGAAAAAACAAAGCAAGGGAAAAGCCUUUUUUUCUCACCUUGCAUUGGCUAAACUACCUCUUUGCAUUUGUGUUUAACUUUUGAGUCAAAAGCAUCUUACCAAUAAGUAUAAAUGUCAUGUACAUCAUUAUGAAAAUAAUAUUGCUAUGAGAUAAGCCAUAUAUGAAUGUUGUAUACAACUUUAGGGUUUGCAUUUAAUCCUAAAGUGUUCACCUCCUUUCACAUCUAUUUAGACUAUAUUCCUAUUUACUAAGUGGGGAGGGAGCUUCUUUAUAUAGUGCUUCAUUGUUAAUAAAUCAAUACUUGUUCUGUUUCUGGGAUGUUCUUUUUGUGCAUUAAAAAAAUUCAAAAUUA